UAAAGUUGUUUCCCGCCCUUCCUCCCGGCCGCGCCGCUCGUUGCCAUGACAGCGGCGGCGCUGGCGGGCGGCCGCCAUGGCUUUCGUGAAGCGGGAUAAGGGGCGGGUGGAGGCCUCGAUGGACGCGGAGGAGCGGAUCGGGCGGCGGCGGGCUGUCAGGCUGUGGGCGGCUCUGGAGCAGGAGCGGCGAAUGGAGGAGGCCCUGCGGCAGGCCGAAGAGAGCAAAGCCCGGCGGGCGCUGCAGCUGGAGCAGGAGGAGAGGCUGGCGGCAGAGCUGGCGAGGUUGAACCACGAGAAACUUAAAGAUGAGAGGAUGAGGCAACAAAUAAGACAGAACAGUCUUGAACUUCGGGAGCUGGAGAAGAAGCUGAAAUUCGCUUACAUGAACAAGGAGCGAGCCGCGCAGAUGGCUGAGAAGGCAGCUCUGCAGUAUGAGAACAUGAUACGUGAGGGUGAAAUAGCUCAAAAGAUGAAGGAAGAGCACGAAAGGGCAAUAAGAGAAGAAAGUACUGCAGAACUGAGGCGAAAGGAGGAGAAAAUAACAUAUCACAGAGAACUGGAGAAACAGGUUGAGGAACAAGAGAGGAAGAAGCAGGAUGCUUAUGAACAGUUUCUAAGAGAGAAACUCAUGAUUGAUGAAAUUUUAAGAAAGAUCAAUGAGGAAGAUCAAAUGGAAAAACAAAUGAAGUUAGCUAAAAUGAGAGAAACUCAGGCACAUAUUGAAGAAUAUAAAAAAGAUCAAGCUAUCUGGGCGAAAAGGAAGCAGGAAGAGAUGGAAGAAGAAAACAGGAAAAUUAUGGAAUUUGCCAACAUUCGGCAACAAAGAGAAGAAGACUGGGUUGCUAAAGUUCGAAAUGCUGAGGAGAGAAAACAAAGAGUUCAAAGCAUGAUUGCCCAGAAUCUGGAAAAAGAACAACAGAAGCGUGAAGAACUAGAACAAACCCUCCAAGAGCUGUAUCUGGAAGAACAAGCGGAGGCAGAAAGGAAGAAGGAGAUGGCAGAAAUAGAAAAGAGACUAAGGCAGCGCCUAGACUUACAGCAAGCAUACGAAGAGCAGUUGGCUAUGAAGGCGGCUGUGCGACAAGCUAUGCAAGAAGAAGAACAAGCCUUCAGACAACAGAUGUUGGCCAAGUUGGCAGAGGAUGAUCGCCUUGACCAGCUGAAUGCUCAGAAACGAAGAAUGAAACAGCUUGAACACGGAAGGGCUGUGGAAAAACUCAUUCAAGACCGUCGCCAACAGUUUGUUGCAGAUAAAGAGCGGGAACUUGAAGAAAGACAGUUGGAGGCAAAGAGAGAAGAGAAGUUCCAGGCAAUUGUUGAAGAAGAGAGACAGAAACUCUUGAAGGAGCACGCAUCUAAAUUACUGGGUUAUCUUCCUCCCGGAAUACUCAGAGAUGAAGGUGACAUCAGUAUGCUUGGAGAAGAUUUUAGACUGGCGUAUCAGAAGAGAAGAGGCAAUGCACUUCCACAAGAGGGCUGAAACUUCCCCCAUCUCAUCUCCGGGUUUGCCACUAGGUGUCACCUGAUUUCUAAUGAAAACUUCCCUUUGCUGUUAACAUUGAGGAACUCCUUUUUAACAUCAUAACAAGUCUCCAUUUUAAGACUGGAGCUCUAAACUGACGAGCAUUUAGCUCUGCACUUUCCAUCAAUAAACUGUUACAGAGUGCU